UAAACCACACCACUUAAUAUAACAUUGUAACAUAUCAAUCCGAGAGAGAGAAGAGAGAUGAGUCUUGAAGGAAAGUUGGUUUCUGAGAUAAACAUCAAGUCCUGUGGUGAUGUAUUUCAUGAGAUCUUUAGGUAUAGACCACACCAUAUCUCUACCAUGUCUCCUGAUAAAAUCCAAAAUGUUGACAUUCAUGAAGGUGACUGGGGAACUGUUGGUUCUGUGAUUUUUUGGAACUUCACUCACGAUGGAAAGGAGAAGGUCGCAAAGGAGAUAAUUGAAGAAAUAGAUGAAGAAAAGAAGCUGGUUAAAUUCAAGGUGAUAGGGGGAGAUUUACUGGACUUUUACAAAUCAUUGUACCUCACUGUUCAUGUUGAAACAAAGGGUGAAGACAACUUGGUUACUUGGAUCUUGGACUAUGAGAAGUUGAAUCCAGAUAUACCAGAUCCACAUACAUUAAUGGAAUUCUGUCUUAAUGUUACUAAAGAUAUUGAAACUCAUCACUUAACAGGGAAGUUAGAGUCUGAGAUUGAAAUUAAGUCUGAUGGAGAUGUGUUUCAUGAAAUAUUUAGGUAUAGACCACACCAUAUCUCUACUAUGUGCUCUGAUAAGAUUCAGAAUGUUGAUAUUCAUGAAGGUGAAUGGGGAACUGUUGGCUCUGUAAUCUUUUGGAACUACGUACAUGAUGGGAAAGAGAAGGUUGCAAAGGAGAUAAUUGAAGCCAUAGAUGAGGAAAAGAAGUUGGUUAAAUUCAAAGUGAUUGGAGGGGAUUUGUUGGAGACAUACAAUUCAUUUUAUCUCACAGUUCAUGUUGAGACCACGGGUGAAAACAACUUAGUUACUUGGAUAUUGGAAUAUGAAAAGAAGAAUUCAAAAGUCCCAGAUCCACACACUUUAAUGGAAUUCUGCCUCAGUGUUACCAAAGAUAUUGAAACUCACCAUCUUAAGUGUGAUACAUAAAUCCCAUAUGCUUGGAAUUAAGCUGCUGUCUUAUGUAGUAGAGCCGUGGAAACAGCCUCUUGCAGAAAUGCAAUGUAAGGUUGUGUAUAAUAGACCCUUGUGGCUUGAUCCUUUCUCGGACCUCGCGUAUAGCGGGAUCUUAGUACACCGGGCUACCUUUUUUUUCUUCUUUCUUAUGAAGUCUAAUAAUAACGUGUGUUGUGAUUAAUGGGUGUGCUUGAAAAUGUCUGCUAUAUGUAGAAAAAAUAAACAUAAAAAUGAGUGAAUAUGUAACUUCUGAUUUUGUUGUGGAUUGAACAACAGUUUGUGAAUUUGUGUUGAUACUGAUUACUGUGGAUGUAAUAUUUUAUCAUAUUAAUUCCAAGGUAAAAAACAUGAAAGUAUGUAAAUUGGAUAGAGAA